CCAAAAUAUAUCACUGGCUGAUCGUUCACUGGAUUAUCGUUUAAAAUAUUACCGUGCUUAGAACGUUUCGCCUGUUCGUUUCUGCUACAUCUGUAUGUUAAGAAUUUCUGCAUAAAUUAAGGGCUUUAAAUUUUAAUUCGAAGUCACGCCAUUGUCUAAAGCUUCAUUUCCGAUAGAGCGAAACGAGGACAGCGAAGAUGGCGUCCGCUCAUAGAGAAUUUACGAUGUAUGUUCAAGACAUACCACCGGAUUUAGAUCAGCUAUUGAAAUAUGUGGCCAGUGAAUUGGAAAAGGAAGAACUAGAGUCAGUGGUAAAGUCAAUCAAGAACACCUUCAAGGGAAAGUUCGAAGAGCAGCAAGAUGAGGAUUUGUAUUCAUGUUUUCUUCUAUUUGCCAGCCAAGGGCUUUUGUCUGGCAAAAAUUUGACGCUGUUGGAGAGGUUUGUAGCUUCUAAGAUAUCGAAAAGUAAGGAGAUCAAGCAAAGGAUCGAACAGUUUAAAGCAAAGAGCCAAGAGGUAAGCUUUUAUAAGUACGCCAGAAUACUAGGACAUGAUCACGAGGAAGCUGAACUGUAAAAACUUUUCGAUCAAUCGCGAACAGUAGCUAGCAGUCUAAAGGGGGCGGCUAUAUGCAGGCUUUGAAUGGUCGGACAUAGCCUUCUUCCAGGGGUUCGAUCAGAUAAUAGAGUGCGGGGUUCAGAAUGUGAGGAGCGAGUUAAAUCGUACGUGGGGAAAACGAUGGAAAAAAACGACGGGAAACUUUUUCCUCGCAAACUGAUUUCUUCGCGCGCGCAUUACUAUCUAAACGCCCGGAACAGGCUAAAUAACCGGGCACUUUUGGCAAUGAUCUUUGGCAAUUAGGAUAGCUAUUUCUUUCGUAGCUCUAUUACGGUCAGCGAGGCUGAAUCUGAUCACGAUUUAUGCUUGCAGAAUGUUUGCCGACGUAGUCCAGACCUUUUUACACACGAAGAUUUCGGUAGCCUUCACCGCGUACGUUGUCCUCGCUGUAUAACGAAUUAAUUUCUCUAAUUAAAGAAUUGUCGGAAAGUCUAUUAGGCGACGAGACUGAAUAGCAAUAUGACUAAUUUCACUACAAAAUUUUACCAAAUUUAGCCAGGAGGAAAGUUGGACAUAAAAUCACAAAAACUGUUUGUUAUGUUUUAUACCAUUCUUUGGCCGAUUUGAAUUGAUUUUACUUGAUUUAGGUCAUUGACACAGUCACACUUCAUUUUCUGGCGUUGUUGGGGACAGAUUGUUGUCGAUAACGUUUAGUCAUGGACAAAGUUACUCGAAAUAAAUGAAAGGCAUGUUUAAGUGCAAUUUUUCAGUUUCAAUACUGACAAACCUCCGUUGGUGCUCUUAGGUUUACUACUCAAUCAAGCAUUACCCGGGCUCCUUAAUAACUAUCGGUUGUCAACCUUGCAUCUGAAGAUUGCUAAGCAAGAGGCGUUGCCAAGGCUUGUUAUUCUUAGAUAGAAGCCGAGCAUUAUUAUAUCUACGAAAUAUUAUUAGUCCAUGGAACAAAGCCUGUGGAUGAGUUUCUAGUUGAGACAUAUUCUUAGGGAAAAGUUGAAGAAAAACACUUUUAUAGAUAGUCAAACUUAGUUGAAACGUCGCCAUUUAGUUGUUACAGCAGGAAGUGAGUGGUGCGCGUCUUCAGCAUCUUGGCCGAGUUUAGAUCAUUUUUUGGCACUGUGCAAAUAACUGACAGAGAAAUAAAGUCUUUUAAUAUCUAUCUCAUUAUUGUAAAACAUUUGCGGUACUCUUCAGAUAUUUAACUUAUCAGUGUGUCAAUCCUUGUCACCAGGAGGUACUCCUAACUAAAGAGGAGCUCAAGGGAAGGCAGAAGGACUUGGAGGACGUUAUGACAAGGCUAAUGGGGAGCAAGCCGGCGAUCGUUAAUUUGUUUGGAUCAAGUGGAGAAGGAAAAACGACUCUGGGUAAAGAAAUCUGCCAAAAGUGGCCAGGGAAACAUCACAUUUGGGUCGAUUUAAGGGAGGUAACGGAAAUGAAAGACGUCUACUUUCAUAUCAUGCUCGCAUUGGACACCAAUAAAACAAUAAUCACAUAUGAUGAAAAUCCAGUCAUUGAACAACUGCGAACGUUAAGGGAGGAGGAGCGGGGCGAUGUACUCUUGGUCCUUGACAACGUAGACAACUUUUCUGGAGGAGAUGAAGAAGCUGAGGGGUUGAGAACGGACUUCAUGGUUUUCCUAGGUAGGCUUUUUUCUAAGAAGGACGGCAAAGAGAAGGCACAGAUAAAGGUCCUGCUGAUAUCUAGAAGAAGUUUUCGAAGUGAUGGACAAAGGCAGGAAUGUAAAAAGAAAGAGCAGAGUCUCGAUGAAAUCACGGAGUACAAGGAACUUGAAAUUUUAGAGAAAAAAAUUUCCAUGGAGAUUUUUCAAAAGGCCAGUGGAAUUACCCUAACAGCAAACAUUGAAAUGGAGCAACUUGUUGAGAUGUGUAAGAGAAAACCUCUCCUUCUGCAUGGUAUGGCCGCCAUUCUCAGGCAAGAGAUAGCCGAUACUGAAAAACUUCUCAAAGCAAUUGAACAGGGCUUAACCGAGGCAGAAAAUGAAGAAAGAGCAGCCCCAACGACAGAGGAGAGCUUAGAUGACAGAAACGUUUGGGACUUUCGUGCUGAAGGCAUUGACGAAAGGCAGCUGUCAUGCAUAAGGAAGAUGUUCUUUCUGCUUCCAAGUGACACCCUCAGAUACUCUGCAGUGGCCGUGUCCUUAUUUUGUCGACCAUUUUCAGUAGAAGCAGCUGCUUUUGUUCUUGAUAAAGACACUGCAGAGGCGGUCAUCCUUCUGGAGGGAUUAAGGAACAGCGAGCUUCUGUCUGCUGAUCCCGAAGCGAAGGAGGUUGUCUAUGAUAUCCAUCCCUUGAUACGAAGCUUUAUCAGAAGUGUUGGCAGCAGCCCUGUUUUCAAGGAUAUCUAUUUGAAAGCCGAACGCAGAUUUUGCGAUCUUUACAUGGAGAAGAUGAAAGACAUAGCUUUAAUAAUGGACAAGGACUUUUUGAGUGCUUUCGAUCAGUUUGAUCUGGACAAACCUAACUUUGAGCUUGCUUUGGAUAUUUCUUUCAAUCUGGACUACCUCCAUAUUUCAAACAAAUAUAAGGAAAGUAUCAUGAUGUGUUAUCUCUUUGAAGCCAUGUUCGAUGCUAGCCAAAGACAAAAGAUUUUCAAUUCAUGGGCAGAAGUAGCUUUGGACGAUGGCAAGGAAGGUAAGAGAAAGUCAACUGGUUUGCAGUGUGACAAUUUAUUUCAUUUUAUUUUAUUUUUGGAAAUUUUAUUGACUACUUGCCAGCCAUACCAAGGGCAUGAGUAAACGAUCCUAACGGAUUACGUAUUACUGUAGUUGCUGAGAAGGCAAGAAUAAUAUAUAUUCUGUGGAGAUAUUCUCCAAAUUUUUCGUCCUCAAAUGAGGGAACAAAACUCGCAAUCUUGAAUUAUUCCUUUUAUUUUCGUAGGCUCAUUAUUUCGCGCGGCAAUGAAAUGCCAAGAGACACUGCAAGUUCUUGAAAUACAAGGAUGGCGCAAUGCAAAAGAUGUACUGAGGUCCGCAGAAAAUUCGCUGAACAGAGUUUGCAAGGAAUACAAGAACAGUGAACUUUACAGACUCGCUAGGAGUUCGUUUCUCUAUGCUGAGGGAGAGAUCAAUUACAGGAAAGAAAAUAUAUCAAUUGCACUUAAAAGUUUGUCGGAUUCUCUAGGAAUUUUGGAAGAGAUCCUGAAAAACCACACUAGCACUACAAGAUGUUUAAACGCAAUUGGAAAUUGCCACAACCACGUUGGCAACUUCGAGGAAGCAUUGAAGUUCUAUAAAAGAGCGUACGAGAUGAGAAAGACGAUCUCAGGUUCGAAGAAUCAUUUGGAUCUGCCGUUGUUCGUUGGUCAAAUUGGAACAGUUUAUGAUGGUCUCAAACAAUAUGAAAAAGCCAUUACAUGCUAUGGAGAGGCCAUAGAACUAUAUAAAGAACUAAAACGCUCGGGUAUCCUUCAUUUAGCCCUUUUUUACAGAAACAUCGCAAAUUCAUACGCUUUGCAAAAAGAUUUUGAAAAAGCUUACAAGUGGGCAAUGGCUGCGUACGAGAUGAGAAAAAACAUUUUGGGCAACCAUCCCCACACGGCAAGAAGUGCUUUUCAAGUGGGAGAAAUUUGUAAGGCUCUAGAGGAAUAUGAUGAAGCUGAAGAGUUUUUGGCCGAGGCAUGGCAACUUGAGAAAUCUCUUGGAAAUGCCAACCAUAGUGCUGUGAGGGACAGAAUCGUGAAGAGCUAUGAAGCAAUCCUCCAAGGGGAAACCAAGAAACAGUUUCAAAGAGAGGCCUUGGAAUUUUAUCAACGUUUCUGGGAUGAAGAAGCAGAGUUCACCUACGCGAACAAAUCUGUCAUUGACGAGAUAAACAAACGUCUAGCUAAUUCUGGAGACCGGAAGAUGAUUCGGAAGUAUGAGGAAGAGGCCCUGAAGUUUUAUGAGGAGGCUUGGAAUUCACCAGACCUUCAGCAACAGCCCGAUUAUCAGAGAGAAGAUAUCCUGCAAAAUGUCUUACACCUCUCGAAAUCACUUCGCAAGAAAGAAAUGCACACAAAAUAUCAACAGGAGGCUCUUAAAUUUUACGAGAGGCAACUGCUGGAGAAGACAAGUAUGACAUCACAGGACAGAAAAGACCUUCUUUACCGACUGCAACACCUAGCUAAGUCGCAGGAUGAUAAAGAAAAGGAGUGCAAGUACAAGGAAUUGUACGAGGUAAGCUCGAUGGUUUAUCUUUAGAGCGGUAUUUGGAUGAUCACAACAGGGAAGGUAACAUUCGAUUUUAGAUUACUUUAGUAUGCGAAAAGACUUCUUACUUGUGAAGGGAGAACCUUUUUUCUAGCCCCAAGAUGCCAGUCUAACUUUGUAUUCAUCUCAUAUACACACAUGUUAGUCUCCAAGUUAGACUGUAAGCACACGGUUUUAUAGCACUAAGACUAGUGUUGUCCUUGAGGAAUAGUUCUCUCUAUAUACCCGUAAUUAUAACGGGAACGAAAGAGAGUGAAAGAGGUUCCUGGUGCGCACGCUGCUUACCCAAAUCAUGCGCCUUAAAAUUUCGAGGAGUGGGUACUCUGUUUUAUGUACAAUAUACAAUGUGCCCCAGAGAGCACUGGUGCUAUUUGAGCCCUUUUGGUCUGAAACCGAUAAUAGAUUUUAACCAUCUGGGUCUAUUAUAUAGUAGAAGAGUAAAUUAGACCCUGUGGAGGAUACACCAUCUACAAAGUGUACUGGUUCAUAGUCCGAGCUAAAAUGACUGUCACUGAUAUUUUGCCAGAUACUUAUUAUCAGUCAAGUCAUAAUAAGUAUGCAACAAGUUUCUCUAUACUUAGCAUUCUUUAAAUAGAUAACCUUAAUGACCACUAAAUCUUAACAUCCCAAAAUUCAACUGAUUGUAUGGCACGGACAUGUGUACAUUGACCCACUUCAAUUCAACUAGUCAAACUAGUUUUAAUUUAGGAUAUCAUGUGAAAGGGGUACCUACUAUGGACCUCAACUGGAUGGUAGGUAAAUGCGCCAACCAAAGAGUUAACUCAAUGUUUCGUAGCUUCCGUGGCAGGCAACCAAAGAGGACGUAAAGGGGAAAAGGAAUCUCUUGAUUCCUUUGUCCUUUCGUUCGCUCCCGACGUCCCCCAUACCUUUUUCUUCCGUCCACAAUCACUAGCAUUUCUAUGACUCAGGAAAAAGUUAACCCCCCCUUGCACAACCAGUCGUCGAAAAAUAAAACUAAAAUAAGUAAAUGUAUCAACGGCAGAUACAAACAAAAGUUAGUAAGUUAUCUUAAAUAAAAACAUAUCUUAAUUAAGAAUUUUAAAAUUAAACGAGUGAUCUUCCACCUAGCUAAUGUCCUUCCAUUAUUUUUUAUAGUUACAUGUAAAGGCCCAACUAACAACCGCUGUAGAAGUCAUUAAGGCCCCGGUAAGAGACCAAGAACUGCAACCUAGCGGCAUUUCCAAUUCAGGGGUUUAUGAAAGAAAUGAUACUUCAAAACUGAAGGUUGAACCACCGUUUUACAUACGCAGCACUCCCGAAAUAUCAGGGACACCACAAGGCUCGAUUUUCACCACUCUCUCGGAUUCAGUCCUAUCCCCACCCAUAACGUCGGGCGUGGGCUCAUUUUCCGAACGGCAGCCACGGAUAUUACCGAUUGCUAGGCCGAUCACGCCACCAUUACGACAUACACCGAAAAGUUCAGGUAAGAAACUGACUUUUAUUUAAAAACGAAGUAAAUCGUAAAAUGUACAUUUAUUUGCCAGUUAAACACUCACAUCAGUUCCGUAGAGCAAAGGGGACACCUUAAUAUAAUUGUAUUUAAUUUAUUCAUAUUAUAUCUUGAUAAACGUAAAAAUACCGGAAUAAUCUAGAAACCCCUCACAACCUGCAUUCAGAAACUUUAUAUAUUGCCAUUUGAUAAAAGAUUGGGGUACUUACAGAUAGACGCAACAACUCCCAACAACAUGUAACAGGGUGUUCAAACGGAUGCAGCAUGUAACAUCCAACCACGUUGGGAGUUGCUGGCCAACAAUGUUGCGUUCGUUUGCACGGGGCUUAAGAAGCACAUAACUUGACCCUCCUAGAAGUUAGGACUAGUGUGGCCAAGAAUUCAUUCAUUCAAGUUUUCAGCAGUUAGGAGCUGAAACGAACUCCCGAGAGAUAUCAAUGAAGCUCAGUCGAUCAUUGCAUUUUUCGCUGAAACUGAUGAAAACGUGGUCUUAACAUUUGUUAUUGGUAAUAAACAUAAUCACUGUAAAUAUAUAAUAUAUAUCACCUAUCUGUCUGUCUGUCUGUCUGUCUGUCUGUCUAUCUGUCUGUCUGUCCAUCUAUCUAUCUAUCUAUCUAUCUAUCUAUCUAUCUAUCUAUCUAUCUAUCUAUCUAUCUAGCUCUUCACGUCACGUUCGAUGCAAUUUUGGUAUCAGAGGAUGAAGAUUAUGAGAUUUCAGAGACAGUUUCUUUUAAAGGUAACAGUUACUUUGUUGACUUUCUAUUCCAAGUUUAUUUCAGAGUAAAUGCCUAGUUCUGAUUUAGAGGUUAACUUAUCCAAAGUAUCUUGGCUUGAAAUCAGAAAUUUAAGCCGACUUUAAAACAUCUCGGCUUAACUCUUUAACUCCCGAUAGUUUAGUAUUUUUCAGAAAAAUUUGGACUCUUAUCCAUAAAGCUAAGACAAUGGAACCUCUGGACAUCAAUAAACGUGAUGAACUGUAAAUAUAUAGAGCAUAUCUUUUGUUUUUUUGUUAUCUUGUCUUUUUAAAGUAGCCACACCAUACCACGUCAUAUUAUGUAAUUUCCGGUCAUUAUUUUACUUCAUUUAUAUUUCUGUAAAUUCGUGAUAUCUCAGUAAACCUGAUGAAGACUGGGAUUGGCCAGUGGAAAUAUCGCAACCAAACUCUAUUUCGCAUUGUUUGGUCAGUCCCUGCAAAAGUCUUCUAGACUGUAACGUUUUCAAUUUGAUAUAUUUUGACUGAUCACGAUCUUUCUGGAUCCGACGUUGAGCAAGAUUGAUCGUAAACGGUUUUUGCAGUGGUUUUUUUUACCUUAAUUCAACAUCCUAAAGAACAUUGUAACAAAAUGUCUUUGUCCAUUGUUAGGGUCUCUUUUAGGGGUCAAAAAACGGUUUGGCCACGCCCAGAUUGUCCUCCUUUUGGGCUUUAAUUCAAAAUCUCCGACGGGCAUCUCCUCCCCUUUCACAUGGGAGUACUCCCCACCACCAGACGCGACUUAUUAAUUACUUCAUUAUUAAUUUUAAAUGAAUCUCUUUCGUACUUCUGGUAUAAGCAUUUCAGUGUUUCUUCCAAUAGACCGAGAUGUGUCUGGCAAGAACAAAAGUUCUCAGCUACAGACGGAGAAUCUCGCACGUAUCAUCACUAGUGAAGGCGGCGUAGUUUCUGGGGAGGAUGUCCUUUUGAAGAUUCCCCCUGAAGCAGUUGGCCGGCCGGUGUAUAUACAGGUGACGAAGGAAGAUGCUUCCAAAUACUAUGGUCCAAUACUUCAAAAGGAUCUCGAGAAUGAUGUCAGAGUUUGUGCACCCAUCUUAAGGCUUCAACCCAGCGGCUAUCGGUUCAUAAAACCUGUGAAGUUGUCAGCCACUUACAGAAUUAAUGAUUGCAAGGGUGAAGAUUUUCUUAUUUUGCAUGGCACGGAAAAAAGGGACGGAAAGAUCACUUGGCACGAUGUGACUCAAAAUUCAAGUAUAGAGAGAACUUUUACAAGUGUAGUGGUAACCACUGAGAUUAGAGGUUUCUCAAUGAUUGCAGCUUUGUUGAGAUUGUCUGUGAUCCGCACUAAAGACAUCGUAACAAGACUUAAUUUGUUUGCAUUCAGCUACACGAUGGCAGCGUUGGUAAGUGCGCAGAAAAAUGAACUUGUUCUUCUGUUCGUGAGCCAAGACGUCUACAACGAAACUUUCUACAGAAAUCACGAGAGCUCUGCUUUGGUGCAGUUGAAGGCUCAGGGAUUCACAGAAGUCCAAGUGCGUUCCAUCGGUGAACAGGAUGAAAAGCGCAUCUACAACAGUGAGAGCCUUCAAGUUUCUAUUUGCCUUGGGGAAGACUAUAAAUUUCUUGACAGUGAAAGUUGUAAUUUUCAUUUUACUGUCGAGUCAUAUGUCUGGUGGAACACUGGACACGUUAUUAAACUUCAGCUUGAAAACACAAAAGAUAUCAGAAUUCUGUGCGGAAAGAUCAGUGUAACAGGACAAUACGGGCAUAGAAGCGAGAGGCAUUUCUGCGAAUCGGGUAAGUAAUUUCAAUACUUACUUUUCUUUAAACGAAGUCGGCAACGACAAUGAUUUAAUAAUCAUUACAAUUAGUAAUUACCGUCUGAGUGAUGACGGUAACGAUAAAGACAAUGAUUAUCCGUCCAUGUCCAUAUCUUCAUCAUCACCAUUUCAAGUCUCCUUGGGCAAUAUCGCGCCACACACUAACAAAACUGUCCACAACUGUCCAAAACUGUGAAAAAAUGAGGAGUAGUCUAUCUUUCAUAGCUUUUGUGGUAGCAGCGUGAAUCUUCGUUACUUUGCGCCAAUUCGGUUAUCAUACAAUAUGCAAAUGAGGACAUGUGACCCAUCACAACUAACAAAGCUGUUUAUUAAAAUGGGUACUCUUUUUCUUGUGUCCUUAUUUGUUUUUCUAAUAGCAAAAAUUUAAGGCCAUUAGGUAUAUCAUGUCUGUGCUUAAAAUGUUAAAAUAUUGUAAAGGAAGGGUGGGUACUAGUCAAAAAAUCCGUUUAACUAAAAAAGCAGGUACAAAAGUAAUGAGUAUGAAAUGUUGCAAAUGUCUUUAUAUUGUAAGUUGUCCUAUACCAAUUAAGUACGCGCUCUCAUUGGUUACUUCGAGGUCACAUGACAUCUAACAAUGAAACUGUUUCCCGCCAAAAUCUCUGAGCGGGCAGCAUUGCAAAAUCUAUGACGUCAGAGGGUAACAGUGCACUGUUACCUGCGAAUGUUAGCCGACGACCGCCAUUUAUAGCUUUACGAUAAGUACUUACGAACAUGGAUCACCCCCUCAGUUUUCAACGAAACUAGUUUUUGACCCACGCCUUAAUUUACUUGAGAUUGAGGUCAACGUUCCAAAAAAACAACGCGGUCCCUUCACGUAACAUUCAUAUGACAGACGUCAAGCAAGUGAUACACGGAUACCAACUCACGGAAAUCCACGGCCUGGACAGUACCUAACGCAUGCGCACAGCAAUAUCACUCGGGUAGUGGCAGCCAUGGCCUACUUUUUCGCCCUUAAUAGCUAAGGGCUCAUCAGCAUACCAUAGCCGUGUGAUAUCACAUAGCUGUUUCAUAUGGCUGAUAUGGCCGUUUGGUAUGUUUUGCAUGCGUCAUGCGCAAGGUAGUGGCUAGGCCUUGGGUUGGUAUCCGUGUGUCACUUACUUUAAAAUUGUGAAUGAAUUUGUCUGUUACUGAAUUCGAGUGAAUAAGCCAUCGACUUGAGAUUCGUUCUGUAACUAACGACCCACUGCGACCCACCUCAAUAGUGCGAAUAGCCUGCUAGUAAGAUACUAGAGGUGGAGGUACGCGGAGAGAAAUAGCUUCCUAGCUCUCUCCCCCCCCCCCCCCCCCCCCCAAACACACACACACACCUCCGCCCAUGAGAACUUGCUAAGAAGCUAGGAUCAGGGCCCAGUUGUUCGAAAGGUGGAUAACGCUAUCCAGUGGAUAACGGAAUUGAUUUCUCUAAUACUUCUCUACUGGAUAGGGAUUUAUUCGGUGGGUAGCGCUAUCCAGCGUUUGAACAACCGGAGCCAGAAGUGUUGUGAAUCCAGAUAAGGUAUAUGAUCCUGUGCCAAAAAUUAAAUAGUUCAAACAAGGCCUAUCUGCAUGGAGAAAUGCAUGGGAAAUUAAGGCACGUUUGCAAAGUCAAGUAAAUAAUUGCACAAUAUGCUGCUUUUAUUUCUUACUUCUAGAAUUUAUAAUAUUUAUUGUUCCAGAUCUGAAUGGAUAUGUGAUGGAACUAAUGGGAGCAAAGGGUGAAAUUUGUAACUUCCUACCGAUUGCCCACAAGUUAAUGAUGCCUAAAAGGCUAGUUGAUCAAGUUCUGAGGUCCUGGAAGAACGAAGACCAACAGCUGGAGUUAAUGCUGCAAUACUGGAUGAAUGAAAACGAAGUUUUGGACGAUCAUCAGGCUUUAAGAAAAGAUCUUGAAGGUCUACAGCACGGUUAGUUGGCCUAAACUUAGUUUCUUCUUUAUAUGCUUGUUAAUUGAUUGUUUAAGUCUUCUCUAACCUGAGAUCAGGCCCAGUUUGAGCGGUUCUCAUACAUUCUCUCUAACGGCUGAUCCAAACUCAUUCACGUGUGUGCUCGUUACGGCCAGAUUUUGGCCGUAACGCUGAUUGGCUGUUAGAACAAUGCCACAAGAUCUGAUUGGCUGUCGGAAACGCCGGAAGUUGAAAGCGCUUAUUCCUCGCGUAGUUAUUUUCGUGAAUGAUCCGUCGUCGUCGGAGAGAAGGAUCGAUUUUGCUGUCUUUUUUAUUGUUUUAUGAUCUUAUGGUAGAAAAAUAUGCCUUAAUAUGUGCCAUGGAAAUUCAGAAAAUUCAUAUGGUUGUUCAUAUCUUCUCAGGAUUUGCUUUAUUUACGGAAAGUGAGUGAAAAUCGGGGGAAAUUGCCGAGGAAAAUAUUAAGGUGACUCGACCCAGUUUAUUUGGGGGGAUACCAUCCUACUUUGAAGCUCUCUGGUAUGCCCGCCUUUACUUUUAUCGUAAGUCUAACACAUAGAAUGCAUAACAUAUAGAUCAAUCUACAAUAUAACACAAAAGUUUUGGCGAUCGGAGUAAAUGUCACGUGGUUAUAAUGCCACGCCCCUUUGAGGUCUGAGUCGAAAAUCUGCUGUGGCCGGACUUUUUUCGUGAAAAUCUCUCGGCUACACAUAGUGCGCAUUAGUGCCUUGAGCUGAACAGAGUUUCACCAAAAUGGCAGAGACCCAAUUCGAGAAAUUCAGUGGUUUCCAAAUUUAGGUAAAUAACAACUUAACUUAACGUUAUUAUUCCAUCGCUCAUAUAGUACAAAUUCAGUAAAGCCAAAGCCGGGGGCUUAUACGGCCUGUGGUCAGAAUGACAGAAAUUAUUUUACAUAGAAAUGAAGACUGUAGGCUAAACUACAAAACUAAAACAAGAUACAAAACUGAAAUUAAAUAAGUUUACAUGCAUGCAGUCCUAUAACAGUCCUAUAACAGUCCAUAACUAGUGACAAAUAAACUAACAAUAAACUAUGAGAAUCCUGCGCUACUUCAAUUUAGGCUUAAAAAGUGAAGUUUUACUUUCUUUUUGAAGUUAGUAGUGGUAAGGCUGUCACGGACAGUCAAGGGGACAUCGUUCCAAAUAGUCGGGGCUUGAGAACUAAUCGCAAAUUGAUACCUGAGGGACAUUUUAUGCAAGUUGAAACGAGAACGAGUUAGAUAAUCAUGAAAAUCACGAUUAAAGUGGAGGAGGGAGGAAAGAGAGGCAGGUAAAAGGCGAUUAAAUUGUGACAAUACAAAACAAGAAACAUGAAAUUUAUAAAGUGAAUGGAGAGAAAGAAUAUUAAGCUUCGAGAAAACAGGCUUAGAACGAGUUCUUGGGGGAGAAAAGGUGAUAAUUCGAAUGGCUUUCUUUUGGAGUAGAUAGAGGGGUUCAAGGAAGGAGGCAUAUGUAGCUGCCCAGAUGAGGUUACAAUAGUUGAUAUAAGGUAGAAAGAGGGAAUUAUAUAAGGUUUUUAUAGUGACCGAAGGUAAGUAUUGUCUCGAUUUCGACAAAAUUCCUAUAACCUUAGCGACUUUAUCGUAGAUGGACGUGUUGUGCGGUUUCCAUGAAAGGUUUUCGUGAAUAAUUAUUCCAAGAAAUUUAUGUUCCUGUACCUGCGCUAUAAGGGUGUUAUUUAUUAAGAUGUUUAAUUCUGAAGGAUUGAUCUGUUUACCAUUUGAGAACCAGGGUUUUGAAGAGCGGUGAGGUUUAGAACAUGUGGGUUGAAGAGGAAAUGACAUACUGUAUGCCGAAGUAAGAAGACUAGAGAAUGUGUCAUAAGAUUCAUUUACAGAAUUAAUGGAAUAGACUGAAGACCAGUCGACACCUUCCAGUUUAGACCUGAAUGCUGACAUAGUUGUUGAGUUAAUAAGACGUAAAAAUCUCUUUUGGCGUGGUGGCUCAACAAUCAUUUUCAAGUGGGUAAUUUGAAAAACUGGGAGGUGAUCAGAUAAGUCAGUGUAAAGAAUGCCACUUUUCAUGUUAAGUUCAAGAUUGUAUGUAAAUAUGUUGUCAAUCAGAGUUGCAGUUGAGGAAGUUAUGCGAGUUGGUUUGGAGAUCAAAGGAUAGAGGCUAUUAGAUGUCAUAAGAUUAAUCAACUCAUUUGUAGGUUGAUGAGAAUGAGAGUUGAGGAUGUUGAUAUUAAAAUCACCCAUAAUAUAAGAUAGCUUAUUCUCAAAACUGAUGGCUGACAAGAUAUCUUGAACAGACCUGUUAAAGUCAGUAAGAGAGGCAUCGGGAGGUCUAUAGAGGCAGCCAACAAUGAUAUUUUUACCAUGAGGUCGCAGGAUUUCCACAAAGACUGAUUCGUACAAUGAAUUGUCAGAAGAUUGAAGAUCAAUCCUAGGCUUAAAAUUCAUAUCAGACUGAAUGUAAAGACCAACUCCACUACCUAAUUUAUGUUCUCUUGAAUUGGAGAUAAAAUGGUAGCCAGGAAUAUUAAAGAGAUCAGAAUUAGACUUAUGUAACCAGGUUUCAGAAACGGCAACAACAGAGAACAACAUAUUAAGUGAAAGAAGAUAUUCUGACAGGUCGUCAAAGUGUUUAGGGAGGCUCCGGAUAUUAAUAUGAAAAGCAGAAAAUGCAUCAGGAGGAAAAGGAAUGUUGUUAAAUUAUGAAGAGGUUAGAUAUAUGCAGUUCGAAAGUAAUUCUGAAUUUGCGGUAAAAAAAAUUGGGGUUAGGAUCAAGGUUAGAGUUCAUUAGCAGAUGAGAUGUCUCAGGGUCAUCAAAAAAGGGAUUAAACACUUUUUGCUUAAGAAGUUCAGGAUCAAAAUUUCCUUCAAAAUUAUUAAAAAGUCCAACAAUGCAAAGAAGAAAUCAGUAUCAUCUUCAAAAUGGUUAAAUGGAAAUAGAGUGGCAAGACAAACUGAGCAGAACCAAUCUUCUUUAGUAUUAGAUAAAGCUAUGUAUUCCUCACAUGUAAAAGGAGUGCACUUUAAAUGAGUCCAGUUCUGACAUAUGUCACAUAAAAUGGCUUUGUGACUAUUACGGAUGCUAAAUUUACACACAGUACAUGGGUACUUAAUAGGCAUAGGACUACUACUACUACUACUAGAAUUAAUGCUAUGUCAUUAUUAACAAACAAGUGUCUGAAUAAGUAAGCAAGAAAUACACAAACAAGUAAAUAAUAUGAACUAAUAAAUAAAAGUAAGCAACAAGGCAGCAAUUAUGCAGAGAGCGAAACAAUCAUAAUCUUGAUACCUCAAGAUAUCAACUAGAGUACAUUGCGUGACAAAACAAAGUUAGCUUCUGCAAAGAGUACCUGCGUGACAAAGCAGAGUUAGCUUCAGAAUCAGUGGCUGAUUAGCUGUACUUGUUCACAAUCUCGCGGCAUUUAGAAAGAGUAGUCAUAAUUUAUGCGAAAAUGAUAAGCAAACUUUACACGAUUAUAUCUAAUAUUUAAUGAACUAUGAGAUUCAUUCAUAAUUUUGGUACAGUGAGACAGGCCAUCGCGUGAUACAUAGAGGUUUAACUCACAAUUUUUAUUCAAUUAUCGUGCUUCUUGUGCCUUUGCAAAUAAAUCAAGAAGUGUUACACACUAAAUCUACUUACUAUUAAAAAAAUAUAUCAUUUUUUCAUAGGUUUAAUGCAAGUCAAUAAUUAAGGUGGCUCGAUACAGUUUUUCAGGGUCAAUACCUCCCAAGUUUGAGCAUAAACUACGUCGCGAUAAACAAAGUUUUGAAAAAUUGCCACCACAGUUGUAUUAGAUAAGGAUGAAAAUUUGUUAUGAUCAGGUUUGCAACGGCAUCAGAGUUGUCAUAGCAACGGAAUGACGCUAUUACCUAUUUUACUUGUAGCAGUAUAUCUAGGCACUAGGAACUGUUCUUCGAAAAUCAUUCACGGGAGCUUUUUCCUCCAAUAACAGCCUCGAUGUUCGUGAAGUUUAAGCGAAAUCUGUAAGAGCGUUAUCGAGAUAUUUUGGGAUAAAGUUUUUAUUGUUAGGAACAAAGUAAAAAAAUGGACAAUAUUGUUGUUUGGCCGUUAUCUGUAGCAAAUGAAGCGAUUUUGACAUGCAAUUUCACGUCAUAGUAGUUUCAAUCUUUUUAAAAGCGUGCGUGAAAGAUCAUGGGAGAUAGCUCCAGCCGAUUGCUAGAAAGAAGGGUUUAAUUAGUGUGUAUGGAAGCGCUCUUGUUAGCGGUUUUGUAAACAUUUUCGUCUUCUUUGACAAAUUAGCGAAUAAUUUUUAAACCGCUCGAUAGAUUUUUUUGAAAAUUUAAGAUUCUUGAGAUUAACCUUCCUUUUAUAUGACCUUUUAGUUUCAAGAUUAUUGAUAUAUUGUAAGGCAGUAAAAUAAGGGCUGCAAUUCGUUACUUUUUUAUCAAAAGUUUCGUCAUUACAAGUAGAAGCCUCUAAUUAUUCAAGGCAUUGUCUCCAAGUUUCAUUUUCACGUGAACAGUAGUAACUAACAAUGCAUUUGGAAUAUGCAAAAAUGCUAGCUAUUGUUGUGCACGAAAAUAUGAAACUUGGACACAAUACCUUGAAUAAUUAGAGGCUCACACUUGUAAACACAAAAUUUCUGCCAAAAUAUUAGCGAAUUGUAGCCCUUAUUUUACUGCCUUACAAUAUAUCAAUAAUCUUGAAACUAAAAGGUCAUAUAAAAGGAAGGUUAAUCUCAAGGAUCUUAAAUUUUUUAAAAAAUCUAUCGAGCGGUUUAAAAAUUAUUCGCUAAUUUGUUAAAGUAGACCAAAAUGUUCAAGAAACCGCUAACAAGAGCGCCUCGAUACAUACUAAUCAAAUCCUUCUUUCUAGCAAUCGGCUGGAGCUAUCUCCUUGAUCUUUCACACACGCUUUUGAAAAGAUUCAAACUACUAUGACGUGAUAUUGCAUGUCAAAAGCGCUUCGUUUUCUACAGAUAACAGCCGAACACCAAGAUUGUCCAUUUUUUACCGUAUUUCUAACCACAAAAUCUUACAGAUUACGCUUAAACUUCACGAACAUCGAGGCUGCUAUUGGAGGAAAAAGCUCCCAUGAAUGAUUUUCGAAGAACAGUUCCCAGUGUCGAGAUAUAUUGCUGCAAGUAAAAUAGGUAAUAGCGUUAUUUCGUUGCUAUGACAACUCCGAUGCCGUUGCAACCUUGAUCAUAACAAAUUUUCAUCUUUAUCUAAUACAACUGUGGUGGCAAUUUUUCCAAAACUUUGUUUAUGGCGACGAGUUUUAUGCUCAAACUUGGGAGGUAUUGGCCCUGGAAAACUGUAUCGAGCCACCUUAAACCAACUCGUGACGGGAAUCCCUUCUAUUUUCUCAUACCAAAUUAUCAUAUCUCGGUGAGCAUUCGGAAGUCAGCCAAGCGAGGUCAUUGCACGCGUGCUGAACAAGAAUGCUGUAUAAUGACAGACUAGAAACAAUAGACAACUCCCAAAGCACAAACUCAGCCAAAACGCUAAAACUCUUCAAUGUUUACUCAAGUUUGGGCUUAUAGAAGAUAAUGUCACAGUUUUUCAAUGACCAUGAAAUUCAGGGUCCGGGUAGUAGUUAAUCAAUUGUGGCCCUGAAAAAAUUUGAAGGAAAAAAAACUCCGAAUUUUUAAGAAAAUACUUUUUUCGUGAGAAGGACUCUUACACGCUGACAAGCGUCAACAAAUAGCGAAAACUAUAAUUUCUAUAUAUUUGCUUUGCUCGAAAUCGCGCGCAUUUACAAGGCCCUGAAGCGUUUUGCUGACUUGCAAGGACUCAUCUGUUAUAACGAUGCCCAAAAUACAGGGAUGAAUCUCAUAGUUUAUAAGAUAUAAUCGUGUCAAGUUUGCUUAUCAUUUUCGCAUAAAUUAUGACCUAAAUUUGGAAACCACUGAAUUUCUCGAAUUGGGUCUUUGCCAUUUUGGUGAAACUCUAUUCAGCGCAAGGCACUAAUGCACACUAUGUGUAGCCGAGAGAUUUUCACGAAAAAAUGCCGGCCACAGCAGAUUUUCGACUCAGACCUCAAAGGGGCGUGGCAUUAUAACCACGUGACAUUUACUCCGAUCGCCCAAAAUUUUAUGUUAUAUUGUACAUUGAUCUAUAUGUUAUCCAUUCUAUGUGUUAGUCUUACGAUAAAAGUAAAGGUGGGGAUACCAGAGAGCUUCCAAGUAGGAUGGUACCCCCUCACCUUAAGGCAACGGAAAAAUAGACAUUUCAGUAUUUUGAAUUCGAGCGCGCCUAACCAAAAUAAUAAAACUGGUAGAACAUCGCGUCGCCGUCUUUUCGAAAACUUUUUACCUUCUACGCCAACAGAAAUAACCUUCGAGAUCUCCCUUAAUCUCGCAAGAAGUUAAGUGUGAUUGUGCCGACUGUUUUACUUUUAGCUGAAAAAAUUAACAGAUAAAAGCUAUUUUUUAAGUUACUGUCUGCAUUUGUCCCACACGUGAAAAAUUUGCAUACUGGAAAAACAAGCAACGGAAGUAAUUUUGGUUGGCUGAUUCAGCAAAUGUCAAUCAAUCAAAAAAGUGGGCAGCAGACGUUUCGUAGAAGGUUGGCAUCAGGCUCUCUUUUCGUUUCGUCAUGCCCGCCGGAAUGUUAUUUACAAAGCGAAACGAAAAUAGAGCCUGAUCUCAGGUUAGUCUUUCUUCUUCGCUUAACAGAAGAAUCAAAUUCGACGCAAUCCGUUUGCCUCGUCACUUACGCAUACUCUUAUAAUUAGGAGAUGCUGUGGAGACUGCUGGGUGUCAAUUGACGUCACAUCUCGCCAGGCUGGAGCGUUCGGAAAAUAACUAAGGUCUAUUCGAUAAAACAAGGAUAAGUUCCUUCCUCAGAGGUUUCGUUUUUUACAACAAAACUAAGAGUAAAGUGCAUGUUUGCAGGUAAUGGGUACGAAAAUAACUAAAGGUCCUUUUAGUAUACAGAAAAGUUGACCCAGGAAAGAGGGUCACCUUCCCAGCCGGGUGAACUUCAGGGAGCGUUUAUGUGACAAAAAAGCUGACCCUUUUCCCAAGCCAACUGCGCUCGCGCAUGCUCUGAUUGUCUCGCUUUGACCGACAUGACUGAGCUGACCCUGCUGGGCGAGUGUUUAUGGACAAAAAGUUUGCCUAGGAGGGUGUCUCUAGUAUCGAAAAAGGGUGAACCGGCUAGGCGGGUCAGCCUUCUAGCCGAGCUAAAUUUUUAUUCGCAUGUAAACGGUUCGCCACGUUUUGUAAGGAAAUGUGGGUGAAGUUGGCUCGCUUAGGGUAGCUCCGGAAGGUAAGUAACCCUUUUACUGAGGCAAGUUAACGGGGUCUAAAAUGUAAUGUUCCACUUUCUUCACCAUGCGUACAUUGCACCAUAAAUGUUCACCCUACAUUAGGCGUUUGAACAUUAAAGACUUUAAUAGGGAGAUGUUAGGCGUACAUAGUGUGUCAUAGUCAGGGAUGGUUAUCAAAUUUGAUGACCACGUUACGUCACAGUGGAAUCUCGAUAAGAUGAAGUCCUGUCUCGACUUCUCACUGCACAAUAAUGUUUCCUCGCUCUUAACAUUUGAAAUAUCACACAAUAACUUAUAUUUAAGUUACAUUUCACUUGCAAUUUCAUUAGUUUGCAGAGUCACACAAAGAGGUCAGAUGCAUGUUAGACAUUUGAGAGAACUUGCAACCAAGAUUUCGGGCUUACAACAGGAAAAUUCUGAUCUGGCGAAGAAUCUUGAGUGCAAAAUUCAAAAUCUUUGCAAGUCGAUAUUUCGGGACUGCUGCAUCGAGUUGGAACAUCUCUCGGACAAGAUAGAACGAGCGGCCUCUUCUAUAAACCAUAUUGAUUAUCUGGAAAAGCAUGGUGCCUUAACCAAAGAUGUUGCGCUAAUUUAUAAACGGAUAUGCUCUUCGGCGACUGGAGUGCCUCAAUUCAUAAUUGAAAAUUUUCUUUCAGUAGUUCCACAACUGAUUCAAACCAUGAAAGAAGUGUAUGUUCAUGAAGAGAUCUCACAAGUUCAAAAUGGCCUAAGAGGCCUUCCAGAUAAAGAUUUGGAACAUUUUGUGUCAAAUGUUCGAUAUGCUGAGAGGAAAAACAAAGUUUGGCCGUUAGUAGGUCAGAUGUGCAAAGUUCUUGAAGAUUUGUGUCUUCAAAAUUGUGGAAAGAAGUCUACCGCUGAAAUUGAAAAGUGGGCCAACGGCUUAGCUCUUCUUUCCAUGCUGGAAUUUCUCAAGCCUUUCUUCCAGCAAUGCCCCCAAGAUAUUAGGUUGCACACGAGGUUAGAGCUGUUUUCAUGCAAUCUCAGAAACAUCAUGUUAGGAUUGAUGGAUGUUGCAGAGGAAGCGUUCGUGCGAGAUCUUUCUGAUGUGGUUCUUAGCCUAAUUGCAUUUGCUAAAUUUGAGCCAUCGAAGCUGGUUAGGUUUGAACUCUUCGACAUAACAGGUGCGCUUCUGGACUGUAACGCGAUUGAGAAUUUGAAGUACGACAGGCAUCACGACUCUUACUCUCAGCAUUUUUAUAUAAGGAACGAAUCGGAUGGCGAGCUACAGGUUCAUGCCCUUGCAUGUGUCCUCAUCGAUGGCCUUAUUUGUAAAAUUGGAGCCUUUCAGUCAGUGGUUUUGCUUCAUCCUUCUGGGGAAUCUGUGUUUGACAAAUGCAUGACGCGUUUUUGUGGGGUCGCCGUGGCAAGGCAGAAAGACAAAGAUUCAGAAAAUUUUCGGAUGGCACUUUGUUCAACCCAAAAGGAGAAACUUUCUGACGCACUAGACGUACUACGGGGAGAAUUGAGUGAAGACUUGAUAGAUUUCAAGAAAUCGGUAAUCACUCCUUGCCACCUUACAAUGCGCUCUGUUCCUGGGAGGAGGGAUGCAGUUUUGAGUCUCCGCCUGGUGUACAAGUGGGGAUCCGAGGCAGUCUCUGUAGACAGCAGUGAUUUUUUACCUUUUGCAGAUUCCACCGCUGAUGGCGCCUGGAUACCAGAAGUACAAAUUAAGGGUAAUAUUUUUUUAUAUAUAUCUAAAGGACAAUGUACAUUCAUAGACAUAUGCUGUAGGCGGACUUUGUAGAGCUUCUGGUAAAACUACGCUAAAUGUUCGUCAUAGUACAAUGUUGCAUCUUUUCUGGCUUUGCAAUUGCUAAUUAAACAGGUCGCCUUUUCCUUCUUAAAGGUUGAUUGGUAAACAGUUCUAGGGAUGAUAUUUCCUAGAGUGGAUUCAUUUUUAAGCUUCAAGGAGCUAUGUCACGAUUUUUAUCUAAUAAUUAAAACCCCAGCAAAAACAAACUGGAAAAAAAAUAACCUUGAAAUAAUGACUCAGUUUUAAAAUUAUUGUACAUUUAUACCUCAACUAGAAGUGUAUGUCUUUGGCUUUUAAUGGCCAGGAUGGAAAAGGAUCGCAACUUGAAAAAAUUGGGCAACCUCACCCUUUCCAAGUUAAGCUUGACUAAUGAACAAAAAAACGAUCAUGCUUUGUUUUCCCUUUGACUGAAUCAUUUAAUGUCUAUCUUAAGAGAAAAGAUGACUGAGAAUACUUAGUAAUAUUUUCAGCUCAGUUUAGACCAACUCGCCAUGACAGAACCCCUUUAAUUUUAACCAAUUCACAUUCUCCAGACUGAUCCCAUACAUUUUCUUAAAGAAAAAGUUGAGAGAAUUUGAUAAAAGAUUAAACUAUUUUCUCCUUGUUGAUCAUUUUAUUCAUCCUCAUGGCCUUUUUUCUAGCUGAUAUAUUGAUUUUUAGGUGAAAAUUGAUGUUUGCUCACUUUUGGGACUUCACGGCUUGAAUGCAUUGCAAAUUUCAUUGGGCUAUACGUUUAUGUUUCACAUGAAUCCACCCGGAAUUUUCUGAUUGGAAAUCGGUGUGCUGUGCCUGAUACAGUUCUUACAUGUACACGCUUCUUUAAGGUAUAAAGAAGUUAUAGUAAGAAGGAUUGCUUCUUUGCUUUUUAUCAGGUUUGACAGGUCCAGAUGAACUGGCUCAAGAGGCACGCUCAGCUCUCGCUCAGGCCAGCGGUGUUGGAAAUACCUUUCCCUUGGAUACUUUUGAUACACAGGGGAUGCGAAAGCACACAGUAAUAAAUUGCGAGAAAAUAGGUGAGAAUUGUCAAAGGAAUCGUUUAUGUGUAAUCAAGGAUUAUGCUGAAGACUUGCUACAUUUCGCUUUAGCACGAUUCCUCUAUCCAUGGCGAUGGAAUUCCUGAAGAACUUAAAUAAAGCUCUCUUCAUAUAAUCACUCAAAAGUCUUUGCACGCCGCCCUGAUUUUGUAGCUAAGUGAAGAAAAAUAACUUCCAUUGCAUGCAGUUAAUUUUCACGUCCUUUUUCUUCUGUGAGGGUAUAUUUUCUCCUUUCAAGACAUAUAACAUUUUUAGAAAAACAAACAAGCGUGCAGUUGCAAAGCAGUUAGUUGAACGUAGCCGAAAUGAUUUCGACACCGAGGGAUUUACAGACAACGCGUGUAGCUCGGGUUGGUUGAAAAAUGGUUAACUUUUACCUACAUGCACCAGUCGUUACCCUCAUAAAUUUCAAGCAAAACUUUCCCGUCUGGAAAUGUGUGACUGAGGCUUAAUAUAUCAAGUAUUGCUUGCUCUGAAUUUUCAGAGACCAGGUUAUGACCAGUUACGUUAACCCAAAAUAACAAUGCAAGAUAUUAAAAAAGAAAGAACCAUGCCUCGGAAAAAAACAAUUGAUCCGGUUGACAAGCAUUACCUGGCCUUCGAGUACGGAGCUGGAGAAGGCUUGGGAUUUAGGUAACAAGGCAGGUUUUUAUGUUUUUAAAAGGGAGGGAUGUCAAACUUAUAACCGCAAGAUGGGCAGCCUCAUUGACGUGUUUUUUUGCCUACUAGCACUCUAUUGCAUUUUAGGAGUCGAAUAAUUCAGUCAGCAUCCUCGGAGACCCAGGGGCUGUCAAUCGGCUCGGGAAAAACGGAGGCAAAAACCCAACUGCCCCCCUCCUCGCCGGGUCUCCGACAAUACUUAGCCACUUGUUAGUGUGAUUGGUAGAAAACACAGCCCACUAAGCUUAAUUAACGGCUAAACAGAUACAGUGGAGCCUCAAUAAACGAAACCCUAUAUAACGAAGUCCUCGGUAUGACGAACGAUUUUCUUUACCCCAUUAACAGUAAAAUAUAUGAAUAAGAACCUCGAAGUAAGGAAUCCUCGUUACAGCGAACAAAUUUUGCCAUUCCAAUGGCCAUUCCUUAUAUCGAGGUUCCACUGUAGUACUAGCUGAUACAUCUUGUCACUUUUAUUUCUUGUUCCAGAGUACCACUUUCACAAAACCGACAACUACAUGAAAGGCCACGUUUGUGUCGUUGGAGACCAAACCACCUUGAACGACCAGUCAUCCAGUCAACGGUAUAAGCUGCUUGCAUAAUUAAAAGUACCAUGUGAAAGUACUGUUGAAAAGGCUUCAUUUGACUGGUAGUACCUCAGGAUUUUAUCCACAGACUCAAAAGUUAGAACUACAUACUAAAUAAAUAGUACCAUGUGAAAGUACACUGAAGAGGCUUCAUUUGAAUGGUCGCAACGUACGAUUUGGUCCGCAAACUAAAAAGUCACGACUAUGUUACAUGUUUCUUUCCGACGCAUAACUAUAAAUAGCACAUCUGAACAUUUUUCAGUGUGAGUGAAAAUAAAAAUAAAACCUUUUUCAUGUUUUGUUUAUUUUUAGGGCUCUUCAAGAAGGAACGGCAUCUGAUCCAAUGAGGCAUAUUACCGAUGGGCGAAGAUAAACAAAACGAAAAAAACUGUUUUAGAACCCUGAAAGGUCGAUCUUCAUUGGAAAAACCACAGGGUUGGAUUUUAUCCGCAGCAUUAUAUACAGCACAACAAGAUAGCACGACUGAAGAGGUCCCUUUUGAAUUGUCAAGCCUUUUUCAUCCAUAGGAUCAUAAGUUUAAAAAUUCGUGCACAACUUUAAUUAUAGACAGUACCACAGAAAAUUACUGUUAAGCAGCUUUCAUCUGAAUUGUCUAACUUCGGUGUUUCGUACACUGUUCGAACCACCUUGUACAGCAUAGUAAACAGCACCAUAGGAAAGUACAUCUCAGUAACUUUCAUUUGAAUGGCUACACCUAGCAAGUAGCGAUUUCAUUUAGAAACUCAGACGUUAGGUACAGGUUUGGGUUUUGCUUUAGGAAAGCAG